AAAUGAUUAAAUUUCACCUCAUUGCCUGUUUAGUUGAUAGAAAAGGCUGAAGCAAGGGAAAAGGAAAGACAGAAGGAAGAAACUAGAAAACAGAGAAGAAAAGAGAGCUCUUUUAAAACCAUGUUAAAGCAGGCAGCACCUCCUCUUGAUGUGCAUUCACAGUGGGAUGAUGUGCGAAGUAGAUUUGUUAAUGAGAGUGCAUUUGAUGCUAUCACUGUGGAAUCUGAAAGAAUAAGACUAUUCAAGGAGUAUAUCCAAGCAUUGGAGGAUACCUGUGGCCAUCAUCAUUCAAAACCAAGUACAAAAAAGAAGAAAUCCAAAAAGCAUCGCAGUAAAAGAUCACGUUCACGCUCAGUUUCUGAUUCAGAUGAUGAACCACAGAGAAGCCAUCGAAAAUACAAGAAAAAGAAGAGGUCAAGGUCAAGAACUCCAUCAGAUGCAGGCUCCAUUUCAGAUGAUGACUCAGAUCAUGCUUCAAGAAAAUCAAAAAAACACAAGAAAAAGUCAAAAAAGAAACGCCAUCGAACGGCAUCAAGUGACUCAGACUCUGAUCACAGAGGUGCACCCCCUUCAAAAAAGAAAAGUACUGACACACCAAGGAAAGAAAAGACUGGAUGGGACACCUCAGAAAGUGACCUGAGUGAAAGUGAAUUGGAGAAAAGAAGGCGACAACUACUGAAACAGUUAGAAGAUGGUUAAACAGACUUUGGUUUUUUAACACAUGCUGCCCCAGUACUUGACAUGUAGCCUUUCUGUUUUAUUUGACACUGUAGACAAACCACUGAAAAUGCUGAAAAUGUUUGACCUGUGUAAUAGUCAUAAAAUGAUCGCUAACACAUUCAUUUUUGUUUUAUAUUGUUUUAUAAUAAACAAAACUUUGGAUUUGUGAGUGUCAGAGUACCCUGACUAGUUUUUGCUUACUGCCUCUUCACGUAUGAUUAAAAAACUAUUUGUACUAUUCAAUGAAUGACUAAAUACCUAUUUUAUAUCAGAAAAGAUUAUCUCCUUUUAUUGAGACCCUCAUCAUUCUUUUAAAAAUAUAGGGAUACUUGAUAACACAAGAAACAUUAAAAUGUCUUCUCAAUGAAUAUUUUUAACAGCAAAUUAAGUCUCCAUCCUUGUAUGUUACAAAUUUAAUUGUGUGUUUGAUCAUAAAUAAGUACAAUUCAUUGUAACUUAAAGGAUGAAUUUUAAAUUGAUUUGUCAUUGAAUUAAAAACUGACUGAAAAACUUAACUGAAAAAA